GAAGUUGUGAACAGAGUUUAAAAGCUGCUGCAGGACUGCAGACAUUCACAAGAAGCUGGACCAGCAAUGGCUCUGCUGAAGGUUCUGCUGCUGCUGGGGCUGGGUGUUGCAGUGAGCUCAGUGUCUCUGCAGAAGAGAAUCAUUGGCGGUCAGACCUGUAGAGACGAUGAGCGUCAGUAUCAUGUGGCUAUCUUUAUAUCUAAUGGAAAAAAGCAUUUACUGUGUGGAGGAUCUCUGAUCAGUGAUCAGUGGGUUCUGACUGCAACUCACUGCUGGAUGUCAGAUCCAGGAUGGGUUAAUGAGGCUCAUGUAGGAGUUCAUCCUAAAACAGCUGCAAAGACGACUUAUACAAUCACUCAACGUGAAAUUUAUACAGACUGCAACGGUCGUUUACAUGACAUCAUGCUCCUGAAGCUGUCAGAUAAAACAACAAUCCGACCAAUCAAACUACCUGACUGUCCAGAUACUCUCCUACUCGGCACCAAGGUUCAGAUUGCAGGUUAUGGACCAAAAAGAAUUGGCUUUUUCAACAAAAGAAUCAAAAGUCGAUCAAAUGAUCUUCAGUGUGCAGAGUUAAAGAUUGAUAAAAAUGAAAAGCUGCAAGAGGCACUGGCCAGACAGAAGUGCUUUCAGUACAGUUACCAGAAUUGGUACAGUGUGAAAACCACCAAGAAGGACACAUCUGUUGGCGACUCUGGUGGAGGAUGGGUGUUCAGGAACAGGCUGUAUGGCGUCCAGGUCUUCACUGGAGAUCAUAUUUAUGCACACGCUGCACCAGCUGGUUUCAUGGACGUCUGUGCCUACAAGAAGUGGAUAGAUGACACAAUUAAUUCAAUUAUAUAACCAAAGAAAUCCUGGGUUUCCCAGUGUGUGAAUUGUGGCUAAAUGCAUAUGUUCCCAGCAUCACAAGAUGACAAAAUUUGUCAAUCUUUAAAUUUCAGUUUUCACUUGAUUCAUUUUCUGAUUUAUAGCUGAACUCCUUGGGAAUUAAAAUUAUUGUGCACAAGUGUGCACAAACUGUGUUAAAAUAUUAUUUCUCUAGUGAAGCUGCUGUUUUCUUAAUAAUCGGUAAUAAUAUCCACUGUCACAUGACUAGAAAAUAAAUGUCUGUAAUCUGA